AUUCCAUAGUAUAGGUUACGGUUAUACUGCGUGUUAUGCCAGUCGAAUCCUCUCCUUCGUGACAGCUACAGAACCGCAAAAAUGAAGAAGAUUCCGAGCACGACUUGCUGUUUUGCUCUGGGACUAGUGAGGAUCGAACUCACGACCUUGGGUUGACUCUGAUGUCUAAUCAGAUCAUGUGCCGAAACAUGAGGCCCACGCGCUUACCAGCUGCGUCAUGGUCCCUGCUGUUGUUGAAUCGUCCCUCUACAGGGGCUCAUACGGGAAAUCGUCUGCAUUACCCGCCAAGUCCCGCACAGAGAUUGCCCGCACAACAGAGAUUGCCACCGCACCAAAUCAUUGAGGCAGGGCGCAGAUUGCAGCUGCACAUGAUGGUGGGAAGCAGACCACACUCCAGCGGGAUUGCAUUGGAAGCCGGUUUGGGAGUUCAGUCCGCACAACAAAGGAAUUGCCGGCACCUCAAAUCACAGGCAAGAAAACCGGUCCGGAGUUCAAUCCCGCACAACAAAGAACCACACACGGGAUUGGCAUUAGGGAACCGUCCAGGAGUUUUCCCGCACGACAAAGAGAUUAUCACCGCACAUCAUUUCUCUAGUCCAGGCGCAGCUUAACGUGGACUGCACUCAGGCAGCAGUUGCAGCAGUGCAGCCAGGCAAGUGUCGAACAAGGACGGCUCUCUUAACAAGUCUCGGGUCUCGCCACGCUCCCCCGAGUUGC